GAAGGAUCGUGCAUUGAGCGUACGACGAAUCGUGAUGUUACACGAUUAUGUGCUUGUACCGAGCACAACUGUAACGUGAAUGGUAUUGAUGACAAUAUUCGUGAUUAUCAUGAACGCGUCCGAAAAGGACUUGUAAAAAGACCACCUGAUUUUGCAAAUCUUGUGGAACAAACUGUCCAAAUUUUGAUAGAUGGAUGA